AUGAGCCUCGCGAGGAUCACGGCAAGCAGGAUCCCGAACCAGUGCGAGGAUGUCGAGAGGGCCCACGUGGCGGAGCUACUACAGCAGCUGGGCGAGAACAGCAAGGCCAUCGAGCACUGCCGAGUCGUCGAGAUCAUCCUCAGCAGCCAGGGUCGGCUUCGCCAGGGGCCAUUUCCAUGGGGGCUCGACUGCGAGAGGCUCCAGAUCGGUGUGCUUGAGGACUGCUGCGCUAAGUGGGCGGAGGGCAACCACCGCUGGGGCUACGACGAGGUGAAAACGGUGGACCAGAGCGGGCCCAGCAGCUUGCAGCAGGCGCACGACAGCAGCAAGCAGCAGCGCCCCCAAGUGCGUGACGCCCAGCAAGAGCACUCAGGGGUGGAAGCCGCGCGUCAGAGCGCUGCCGACGCACUGCAGCUCCUGCCCUCGCCCCCGCCAGGGACCCCAGCGGGGCCGACUGCUCCGAGCCCGAGCGGGGACUUCGCCUCCGCGAUCCAAAGGUCGCAGAGAAGGCGGGGUGGGGGCUGGGGCUGCUGUCGUGAGCAGUAA